UGGCGCUGGUGGAAGUGCGUGUUGGCGGUGGGGGUGCUCCCCUUUCUCUCCCGUACGCGGCGGGGCCGGCGGCCGGCGCAGGCUCUUGAAGCAAUAGGCUGUUGGAUUUUGAUCCCGCCCAGAAUACUUGAGUUUUUCUCUGCAAGGAUAUAUAAUUGUGGUUUUGCCUGCCCACCUAAGAAACAAAGGCAAUGGAGACGGAACAACAGGAAGAGACCUUUACCAACACAGAGACAAAUGACCUUUCUACAGGCAAACGUCCUGCAGAAGAUAUGGAGGAAGAACAGGCCUUCAAAAGAUCUCGGAACACAGAUGAGAUGGUUGAAUUGCGCAUCCUGCUUCAGAGCAAAAAUGCUGGAGCAGUGAUUGGAAAAGGUGGAAAAAAUAUUAAGGCACUUCGUACAGACUACAAUGCCAGUGUUUCAGUCCCAGACAGCAGUGGCCCCGAGCGCAUCUUGAGCAUAAGUGCGGAUAUAGAGACAAUUGGAGAAAUCUUGAAGAAGAUUAUCCCUACUUUAGAAGAGGCAUCCUUUUUACAGUAUCAACACUACAAAGGCAGCGACUUCGACUGCGAAUUAAGACUUCUCAUUCACCAAAGUUUGGCAGGAGGAAUUAUUGGUGUCAAGGGUGCUAAAAUUAAAGAACUCAGAGAGAACACUCAGACCACCAUUAAGCUAUUCCAAGAGUGUUGUCCUCAUUCUACUGACAGAGUGGUCCUUAUUGGUGGAAAACCUGAUAGAGUUGUUGAAUGUAUCAAGAUUAUCUUGGAUCUUAUCUCUGAGUCUCCAAUUAAAGGGCGGGCCCAGCCUUAUGAUCCCAAUUUCUACGAUGAAACGUAUGACUAUGGUGGCUUCACAAUGAUGUUUGAUGAUAGAAGGGGACGUCCAGUAGGCUUUCCGAUGCGUGGAAGAGGAGGUUUUGAUCGAAUGCCCCCUGGUCGCGGUGGACGACCUAUGCCUCCAUCAAGAAGAGAUUAUGAUGAUAUGAGUCCUCGCAGAGGACCUCCACCACCUCCACCAGGUCGUGGUGGUAGAGGUGGCAGCAGAGCUCGUAAUCUUCCUCUUCCUCCUCCACCACCUCCUCGUGGCGGAGAUCUUAUGUCCUAUGACCGAAGGGGCAGACCAGGAGACCGUUACGAUGGCAUGAUGAUGCAAUGCCAUGUGGAUGCCUGUGAUGACAUGCAGCCACCAGAGCUGGAUCAACUUCACUCCUUCAUUUCCUACUCUUCUCCUUCCUCUGACUUUGAGGGUGGCUCUGGAUAUGACUAUUCUUACGCAGGGGGGCGUGGUUCAUAUGGAGAUCUUGGUGGACCCAUCAUCACAACACAAGUAACGAUUCCCAAAGAUUUGGCAGGAUCUAUUAUUGGAAAGGGAGGCCAGAGAAUCAAACAAAUACGUCAUGAGUCGGGAGCUUCGAUCAAAAUUGAUGAACCGUUAGAAGGUUCAGAAGAUCGGAUAAUAACUAUUACGGGAACACAGGACCAGAUACAAAAUGCACAGUAUUUACUGCAGAACAGUGUGAAGCAGUAUGCAGAUGUUGAAGGAUUCUAAUGCAAGAUUAUUUUUUCUUUUUUAUAGUGUGAAGCAGUAUUCUGGAAAGUUUUUCUAAGACUAGUGAAGAACUGAAGGAGUCCUGCACCCUUUUUUUUUUUAUCUGCUUCUGUUUAAAAAGCCAACAUUCCUCUGCUUCAUAGGUGUUCUGCAUUUGAGGUGUAGUGGAAUCUUUGCUGUCCACCAGAUGUAAUGUUUUUAGUUCCUUACAGAUACGUGGGGGGAGGGAAAGGGCGCACAAGACUAACAUUGAAGUUUUGAAGCAGCAGCAGAGAGAGUGAAUUCUAUUUUUGUUCCUUGUUGGUGGUAAAUUGUAAUGUUCUUCUGUAAUUGUUGUGAACACCCUGCUUUUAUGUACACUGUAUUUUUAUUUUUUUUUUAAACGGGAGAGAAUACUGGUAGCCCAUGUGUCCCUGGCAUACUUUGAGAGCAGUGUGCAGAAUGUAAUGCUCUUUUGUAAGAAACAUUUUAUGAUUUUUAAAUAAAUUUAGUGAACCUGUUCUUGGUGGUCAUUUUUAUUGAGGUAUACAUAAGGUGGUAGUAUCUGAAAUGGAUAUCUUUUCCUUCCCCCCCCCCCCAAAUGAAAGUUGCUUUUAUGCUUGCUCUUCUGCUUCUUUGAUAUAGAUGGACUUAUGUGGGUUUUAUCGACAAAUUAAAGAAUUACUGUGUGAAAUCAAGGACUCUGCUUUGCUGUUCGGGGAAAAACUGCAAAAAUACUCAUGCAAAUGCUGUGUAAAACCUGACAUUUUUGCAAGUGUUUGGCCCUUUAUGCAGUACUUAUAUAUAUUGGUGACAGUAUAUAAAUAAAAUAUUUAAAAACUUCGUGAUGUCACUGAGUAAACAGUGGUAAAGUACACCUGGUUAUAGACAGCUUGCUUAAUGCAGAUAACACUGUUAGACAUGACAGUUGCUGUACCAUUAUACUGAAUGAAAUAAUAGUUGUUUUCUGAGCUUUCAUUUGUAUAAGAUAGCAACUCUUAUAAAUUGGCAAAUUGACGGUAUCUAACUCUGUAACUUGUUUUUCAUUGUAUGCAAAACUUAAACUUCGUUUGGUUUCCUUGUUGUAUGUUGAAUUCCAUAGGAAUUAUUUGUGAGAAAUUAAAAAAAAAAGAAAAAUAUAAAGCCUCUGGAUAUCUCAUCUAAUACGUUGGCAUUUGUAUUUAUAGUUUACAAGUUUUAAUUUCACUUCCUGAAUAAAAACAGAUUUUAAAAUGCA